AUGAACACCACCAGCAGCAGUAGCUGUAAUUUAACACUUUAUGAAAACUAUUUAACACGAUCCCGUAUUGAUAUGCAGGCCGAGGAUGCCAAUUUGUAUGUGGCCAAGGCAAUGAGAUUCAUAAUCGAGAACGUUUUUGCUCAGUUAAGUGCGACAUUGGCGGUUACCAUAUCAUCAAGUACCUACAACACUUCCAUGUGGUUUGAAUAUAUGUUGGAGAAUUUGGUGGGUUCAUGGCGUGGAGCAACGGUGCAAUUACAACGUUUUCAAUUGGAUCAUUUGGAACGAGUACCGGGCAGAAAGUAUUGCAAUUUUUUGUUAGUUGAUUCAUACGAGGGAUUACGGGCCACCAACAUUGCUGCCGAUAAUGCCAUCUAUGAUGAUCAUGAGUAUUAUUUUAUAUUUCUACAGACUCGAGAUCGUUUCAUACCUAUAGAACUGCAAUUGAUAAUGGAUCAUUGUUUGGCCAACUAUUGGUUAAAUUGCAAUGUGAUGAUUCAAACAGCUCAAGUGGAUAUAGUGGUAUACACCUAUUAUCCAUAUACGGAGGAUCAUUGCCAAAAGGCUGUACCGGUGCAGAUCAAUCGAUUCGAUGGCGAGCGUAUGAUCAAUGAGCCCAUGUUUCCGGAUAAACUGAGACAAUUGCAUGGUUGUCCUCUCACACUGCUCACCUGGAAUGUGCCACCGUUUGUCUAUCUAAAUUUUAAUCAUGACUCCCAUCAAUUGAUGGCAUCUGGUUUUGAGAUACAAUUAAUGGAACAUUUAGCCGAUUGGAUGAAUUUCAGUAUCGUCAUAAAGAAUCUCACAUUGGAAAAUAAUGUGAGUAGUUACAAAUUAGCAAAUGGCAGCAAUGAGGGUCCCAUUGAAAUGGUGAUUAAUCGUUGGACCAAUUUUAGUGUGGGUUAUUUUCGUAAGACGGCACGACGUGUACGUCUAUUGACCACACCCCUCACCCAUUACUACACACCUUUGGUGGCCACAGUGGAUUUGGAUAACUAUCGUUUCGGAUCGUUGGCAAUACUUACAUUUCCCUUCGAUUGGUCGGUGUGGUUAAUAUUGCUCUGGUCUCUCAUAAUACACAUCUUGAUUUAUCUAUGCCGCUGGAGGUCAAGAAGUCAUGAGGUAUUGGAAAUACUAUUGGGCGGUUCGUUGGCACGUUUACCCCGCCAAUGGGCCCAUAGAGCCAUCUACGCCCAUUGGAUAUAUGCAAGUAUACCGCUUAGGAUAUGCUAUCAAUCGUUAUUAUUCCAUUUGAUACGCUUGCAAUUGUUUGGAUCGGUGCCUAGUUCAUUUGAACAACUAUUGGAUGAUAAUUUUCAAGCUCUAUGCACAUCGAUGACCCUGCAAACACUUCAAGAGAUGCCACAUGUGGCUGAACGAUAUGAAAGUUUUCUUGGCAUGGCCACCGUCUAUGAUCAGAAAGUGCUAGAUGAACUGAAUCAUUGUAAACAUGAUCAAAGGAAGGGUAAAGUUUUUGCCAUAACUAGCCAGGAAGUCACACGUUUACAUUUACGUGAUAGCAAUCGAAUGGAUGACUAUGUGAUAUUGAAUCAAUAUGUUAAUGUCCAGCAACUGAGCAUCUUUAUGCCAAAGCAUUCGUAUUUCUAUGAGAAGAUUAAUGAGGCUAUAAGACGAUUUGAUGCCAGUGGAUUUUUAGCUGCCAUGCGUCGUGUGGCCUUUGACUCCAAUGAGCGUAAGACCGAAAAGGAUCAAAGGCGACGUUAUAUCGACAAUGGCCAAUUGAUGGGUAUAUAUAAACUUAUGUUUGCCAUGUACUUACUAGCUGCCAUAAUAUUAGGCAUUGAACUCUUACUCCGACGACUGCAGCGGCACAACUGUCUAAGGAAUUCGGAAAGUUAUCCUCCCAACAAAAAACUAACCAACUAAAAGUACUUAAAC